GCCCUGACAAUGCAGUAAAUUAAACUCCAUGUGUAUUAGUUGGUUCGAGAUCUGGCAGAUCUGCCUCGAGGGGGGUCACGUGCAGUGAGUACCGCAAUCACCGCCAGCACCGACCUAAACCUGGCAUUCUUUCUUCUUCUUCUUCCUCUCACCCACCUUGUGCUACCGGAAUGCCCUGAGCCUGUCCGUCCACUUUCGACAAUGACACGACCGGGCUGGAAAAGCGGAGCCCCGUCGCCUGGAACCGUCGCCUGGAACCGACGCCGAGUUGCAUUGUUGAUGGGGAAACUCGCCCAACGUGGCUGGCUCGGCACAGCCUCCGAAACACUGGGGACGAACAAGCGUGUGCCGGGGUCCGAGUUGUACAGUAUCCUCGAACCGCCUAACCGACUGACUGACGGUCCAGUGCAGCGAGGCGAGUGUGUUCCCCCCCGUCGCGAUGGGAAGAGGCCGUGGUGGGCUCUUGGUACAUAAUGCCGAGAUGGCAUUUCUCAUGCAGGACCCUUUUUCUUCAUUUCAUUUCAGUCCAGGCCAGCCAUCAUCUCGCUUUCCAUGCAAGCGCCAUCUUGGCUCCCGAGUCUCGACGCUCAGCGCUCACGGAUUCGCCCUCCCAAUGCGCUACGCUAGCAUCUGCUGCACAAUCCGUCCCAUCUCAGCGCCUGCUGCGGGAGGAUCGGCCACCUUGACACUCGCGCGCCCUCACCACGCGUUUGAUUCCCGUCGCCUGGUACCUCUUGGCCCUCUGGCCAUGGCACCUGUUCCGUGGCGCCACUGCAGCCCCCCAUCAGCGCAAAAGAGUCGAUUCCAGCAAUCGGCGACUGAGAGACCAGGUGAUGUGGGUGUGGCCCCUUGCUCAUCAUAUCCCGGUCCUUGUCAUUCCUCGAGACCUGACUCUCAAGGCUCUUUCUUUCAUUUUCCAAGACGAGUAAUUCUCGGGAUUAUACCACUUGCUAUAUAAACUCGGCCAAAGUUGCGAAAACUGAGGCAUUCAUGUGAA